AUGGGUGGCGGCGGCAACGACAAAGUCGAAGCUGAGGCCCUUGAAGUCGCGCGUGCCGGCGGCCACCGAGUGGAUGCUUUGCUUGGGGAGAUGGAGCAAGAACUCGAAGCUUGCGGCCGUCUGAAGCGAAGCUUCUUUCAUCUUGAAUUCAAGGAUUCAAAACACUUCACGUGGCUGCUUGUAGCUUUUGCAAGUAUGGGCGGCCUUCUUUCUGGACUGGAUCAGAGUCUCAUUUCCGGCGCAAACUUGUACCUCCCCAAGGACUUGGGUCUCACACCCCGAGAGAACAGUCUAGUCAACUCGGGCAUGCCGCUUGGUGCAGUUGGCGGCGCGCUGAUCUUGUCCCCUGCAAACGAAUAUUUCGGAAGAAAAGGCGCCAUAUACUUAUCCCUGGUUUUGUAUACCGUCGGGGCAGCUCUGGAAGCUGGGGCUAUGGACUUUGGCAUGAUUGUCGCCGGCCGCGUUAUCCUUGGUCUCGGGGUCGGUUUAGAAGGUGGCACCGUUCCCGUCUACGUUGCAGAAACAGUCGAACGGCGCAUCCGCGGCAACCUUGUGUCGUUGUACCAGUUGAUGAUUGCCCUUGGAGAAGUUCUUGGCUAUGCUGUUGCUGCCAUAUUUCUUAGGGUCCCAGGCAACUGGCGAUACAUUCUCGGUUCCUCCCUGGUCUUUUCCACCGUCAUGUUUGGCGGGGUACCUCGUGCCCGAAGAGCCCUCGUCUAUGCAAACACCAUGAUUCUCCUGGGGCAGCUCACCGGUGUCAAUGCCAUCAUGUACUACAUGUCUGUGUUGAUGAACCAGAUUGGAUACGAAGCCGAGAAGGCCAACUACAUGUCUUUGGUCGGCGGCGGUUCCUUACUGCUCGGUACAAUUCCCGCUGUUUUCCUCAUGGAAACUUGCGGUAGACGCUUCUGGGCAAUCAUGAUGUUGCCCGGCUUCUUCAUCGGCUUGGUUCUAAUUGGUAUCGGAUAUCAGAUCAAUAUUGAGACGCACACCAUGGCCGCGGAGGGCUGCUAUCUCGCAGGUCUGAUUACGUACAUGGCUUUCUUUGGCUCGUACGCCUGCUUGACAUGGGUCGUGCCGUCAGAAGUCUACCCAACGUACCUUCGAAGCUACGGCAUGACUACGUCAGAUGCCCUUCUCUUUUUGGCCUCCUUCAUUGUCACCUACAACUUCACUGCAAUGGAACAAGUCAUGACGCGUACAGGGCUCACUCUGGGAUUCUACGGUGGUAUCGCUGUUCUCGGCGAGAUCUACCAAGUAUUCUUCAUGCCUGAGACAAAGAACAAGACCCUGGAGGAGAUUGAUAUGGUGUUCCAGCGACCAACUGUGGACAUUGUGAGAGAGAACUGGUCUGGGGUGAAGGAGAACAUUACGGAUCUUUGCCACGGGCGGUUCCGGAAGGUCUUUGUUGCGCAGACUGAUCGCCAACCACGGAUUGACGAGCUGGAGAAAGCAUUUGCGUAA